AUGUUCUUCCACAUUGCACUUUUAUUUUCAAUUGUAUUCAUUGCAAAUGCCGCAGAAUUACCUCCAUUCAUAAUACCUUGCAGUCGACAUUUGUUAGACUUGAAUGAAUGUAUUUCUAAUAACCUAGAAGAUGCAAAACCGUAUUUAGCGGAAGGAGUACCCGAACUAUCCAUACCAAGUUUAAAACAUGUCACUAUUCCGUACUCGUUUAUCAACAAAACGAACUUUGAAUGCGGAGUGUGGAACUUUAAUAUUUCAGGAUUCGAAAAUUUCAAUGUCCUAAAAGUUGAUGCAGAUCUAAAGAAGAACCUCUUUAAAUUCCAACUAGAGUUUCCUGCUGGUGAAGCUAUUGGAUCAUAUGGAUGCAAAGGCAAUUUUCUCAAUUUAAAUAUGGAUGGCACAGGACCAUUCGAAAUUAACGCCACACAAUUAAUUGUAAAUUUAGAGCUGAAAACCAAGCUAGUUCAACGCAAUGGAUUAACUUACUUCCAACAGGUGUACAAGCAUUUAGAUGCAAGAAUUGAUGGUGUUUUUUUCUUCUAUAUGCAUGAUUUGUAUUUGGGAAACAAUGAGAUCACGGAAAUUAUGAAUAGAAUUUUGAAUGAAAAUAGUAUGUAUGUGUUUAACGUGCUUAGUCCAAUUCUUAAAGAACGGUUAGGGAGUCUGCUAGACAAAGCCAUUGAUAAUUUCUUCGAAAUUUACACGUAUGAUGAACUUUUGCCUUAA